AGUCCCCACGCCCAGAGGGACUGCAAUCCUGCAAGUGGGAAUACUGAGACACUGCGUUACUCCAGUCCGAGAGGUUCCCUUUUGAAUCUGAAAAUAGAGAAAAGAAAAGGAGGAAGAGAGAGGAGAAGCAAAAAGUUUUCAAAAGCGUUUAUUCCUAUUCUUACCUUCUCUUUUUCUUUUACUUUUCCUUCUCCCACUCUGUUUUUUUGGGCCGUCAAAGAUCUUUUACUGUGGCAUAUGUUACUCCGUUUUUGAAUACCAAUCUUAAAUUUUUGAUUCCUUCCAAAAGGAAAAUUUCAUCUUUUUCCUUCUUCAAGACAUCAUUUUAUCAUUGUGUGAACGAUUAUACCAAUCUCUCACAGUAUUUCUUAUGCUUCUAUUUGAUUCCUAAUCAGUUCCUCGUCCGAUUUGGUGUUAUAGCGCUGGAGAACCUGCGAACGUUCUUCUUUUCCAAAAUUUUCUGUAAGAUUAUUGUGUUCUUGUCUAAAGUUGAGUGCUGUGGGAUUCUUGUAUUUGUUUUCCCCUUUUUUUCAAAUGAGAAUUUCUCUGUCAUUUGGGUCUGUCCAAAAAUCUUUCUUUUUCGAUCCGAAAUAUCCAGUUUUUUUCCCUGUUAGAUAGUGAAGUAACAGAGGAGAUGGUUUCUGAUUUUGAGUAAUAUUGCCGUGAAGUUUGCUCCUUCGAUUCUUUGCUAAAAUAUGAAAAAUUAUUGUGCAAUUUGGUUCGUGCAUUGAAAAUUGAAAAUCUUUUGGAUUUGUUUUUUCUUAUCUUCUUAAUGAGAUGUUGAAGGGAGAGAUUUUGUUUUUGGAAAUGGCUCAGUCUUUCUACACAAUCUGCGCGCAAAGUUCCGGUGAAGCUUUGAGAAUUAAUCAUGGCUGGCAGCAAAGUUGAAGUAAUCAACAGCAAGGGCUGUUCGAGGCUAUUUGUUGGGAUUUCCUCUUCUUUCCGUUGGUCGCAAACCUUCGAGCCAAUGUCCCCAACUUCCUCUGUUAUGUCUCAGAUCGACGUUCGAGCCAGUGGUCCUUUCGCUGGUCUGGUUAUAUGUGUCACUGGGCUAUCCAAAGAAGCGAGGAAGCAGGUCAUGGAUGCCACAGAGAAAUUAGGUGGUCAAUACAGUCGCUGUUUGCAUCCAAAAUGUACACACCUGGUUGUCCAGAGCUUCAGUGGACGAAAGUUUGAGCAUGCUCUAAAGCAUGGAUUGGGAAAUGGCCUAUUUGUUGUCACCUUGGGAUGGUUCAUGGACAGUGUCAAGAGGAAUGUGAGGCUGAGUGAAUCACUUUACAGUGUUAAAACUGUUGGAGAAAGUGGUUUACAAACGGAGGAGUUGAAUCGGCCUCUAGGGUUCACUGGCACCAAGAAUACUUGUCUGCCUGUUGGUGUGCAUGAUGAUGCUAAGCAAUAUGGCACCACUCUGCAACCACAUCCGUACUUUGUUGGGAAGGAGAAUAAUAAGAGCGGGAAAGCAGUUCUUUCCAGUCAUUCCAUAUUCAUCGAUUCAGAUAUUUCAGCAGAACUGCAAAGUAAGGUUGUUGAGACAGCUACUCAAGAAGGGGCUACAAUUGUAGAUCGCUGGUUUGUUGGUUGCCGUGCAAGUCAUGUGGUGUGCGAAGGAACUACUGUUCAGAGAUAUCUUGGCCACACUGAUAACAUUGUUACACCAUUGUGGAUUCUGAAAACGACAAAGGAGAAAAAUAAGCAAAGGCUCGUGCACAUGUCUGCUGAUUUAGCUAGGCAGGUUGGCAUGAUCCUGGAGAAUUUUCAGAACCUUAUCUCUGGGAAGGAAGCAAACAGGGUUGGUGCCUGUCAAGAUCCACUGAAUGCACAACUAGCACAAAAGAAAAUUGUAGAAAACCCUGAGGAAAGACGGAAGAUUGUUAACUUGGCAAAAGUUGGGGUUAGAAAUCGUCGUGGCUGUCAUAUGCAGACAUUUCAAGCCCCGAUACGCCCGAUUGCUCCAAGCAGCCUUCUGGAUUCAAUCUGCUGGUCAAUAUCUGAGCCAACUUCAACUGCUUGUAUUUAUACAGAUUCUUCUGGUUUUGAGGGUGUAAGUGACCAAGAUACUUCUGUGUUCUUUGAAGCAAGAGGGGGUGGAAGGGAUCCAGAAGCUUCGUUUGAAAACCUCUCCCGUCCGCUCAGAGAAAGUGAAAAGGCAGAGUUGAUAUUUAAAAAUCACUUUCUUACGAUUCUGUUUCCAGUCGACCGAUUUGGUGAGAUGGGUCCUUCUUCCAGAACGUACUUCAGCGAUAAAGGUUUUUCAUGUUUUCAGGUGUUGGAUCAUAUCUAUGCAUUUUAUCAGGAAAACAUGUCAUCAGAUGAAAUAGAUGUUGCAAUUCAUACGGACUCUAGGUAUGCUGAUCAGCUUCGAAUGGUCUAUGCCAGCCGAGAGACAGUAGAACACGGUUAUGUGCGAUUCAAGCGGAUUGAUUUUCUGGGGAGUCGUAAAAGCUUUGAAAUGUUGAAGCGUGUUAGUGGGGAUAACAACAGCAAUGUGUAUGAGCUGUUGGUCAGAGCUUGAGAUCUUUGUAAAUGUCAUUGUCUUCCCAUUUCUGGAGACUGAUGCAAGACUGAUUAGAAGCUCCAGCCCCAGAGCAUUGGAUGGAAGUCCUGUGUUCAUUUUUACCAUAACAAAGAAGUCGGAAGGAGUUUAUACCUGAAAUUUGGUGUAGAUAAUUGAGUUACUCAAAUAUGGUAAAGUGUCAUUCCACAGUAUCUCUUAAUAGUGCAUUUGGUGAGGGUGCUGAUCAUUUCACCUCUCUUCUUGAUAAUGUCAUAAUGGUGAUCUUCUUCCUGCCAAUGAAGAAUGCAUGUAGAACUUUCAUUUCAUCUUAAAAAAAACUGAGGCAUUUUCUGACCUCCAUUCCACAUCUCCACUUUGGACAUAAAGGAUAUGAAUACACAUUGAAUGAAACAAGGGCACCAGUUCAGAAAAUUUUGCUAGAUAUCCUGGUUCAGCUGCACCCCUUAUCCCUAACUGGGUGGUCUGUUAAGGUAGAGUUGCAAAUAGUAUGUAUUUGAUGUAUUGGAGCCUAUCAAAAUUGGAGUUGCGAUUGCAUUUGGGGAGUCUUCUUGAGCAUAAAGUGCUUACUUGCCUUCUUCGAAAGCUGCCCAAAUCUCAGAACGUCAGUUGUGCGUGUAGAACAAAUGGACGUCGGUGCAAAUAUGCAACAGGUGCUUGAUGCCAUUAAUAAAAUGAAUGGGCGUCUAGAUAAUUUGGAGUCCAACAUCAAUGGGUGGUUGAAAGAAAUAGAAGGGAGAUUGAAGAAUUUGGUUGAUUAUAAUGAAUUUGCAAGGAUCAACAACUCAAAAGCCCAAGAUCGUGAAAUCAUUGUAUGACCAUCAAACAGUGAAGGAAAUAUUCCAUCCAACGCUUCUAAGACGUGGUUCGACUUGAGUAUGAUUCUUCGUAGCACCUCAGCUAUGAUCGAUGAGCUGCUCCAAUUCUACGGAUUACCAGUUGGAGGAACUGAAACUGAAAAGCUUGCACGAAUUGGUGAGUUCAUAGGCUUCCUUCCUAUAGGCUUCAUAUUAUAAGGGAGAAUUUUUUGACCUUUUUUUUUUUUUUUUUGGUUUCUUACUUUAUUUGCUCUUGGGUUGACUCUAAAAACCAUUAAUCAUUUGAAGAAUCUGCAUUUUUGGAGGUC